GAAUGUACUACUCCUUUCACUGGGGGGGGGGGGGGGGGGGGCGGGCAGAACAAGCCUCGGAGGUCUUUUUAUUGGGCUGGCUUACCAUUGGGCACACACAACCCCCUCGCCAUGAACGGUGUCGCAGCUGCCCUCCUUGUGUGGAUUCUGACUUCUCCGAGCAGCAGUGACCAUGGCAGCGAAAAAGGUUGGCCCAAGCACACGGCCUGCAACAGUGGGGGCUUGGAAGUAGUCUACCAGAGCUGUGAUCCCUUACAGGAUUUUGGCCUUUCCAUUGACCAGUGUUCCAAGCAGAUCCAAUCAAGUCUCAACAUUAGAUUUGGCAUCAUUCUGAGACAGGACAUCAGAAAGCUGUUUCUGGACAUAGCUCUGGUGGCAAAGGGCUCUUCUAUUCUGAACUACUCCUAUCCCCUUUGUGAGGAGGACCAGCCCAAGUUCUCAUUCUGUGGAAGAAAAAAAGGAGAACAGAUAUACUAUGCCGGCCCUGUCAAUAACCCUGGACUUGAUGUUCCACAGGGAGAAUACCAGCUCUUGCUGGAACUGUACAAUGAAAACCGUGCUACUGUGGCUUGUGCCAAUGCCACCGUCACCUCAUCCUGAGCAUGGUCUGCAAGAAAAUGCACAAUAAACUCAAUCUCAGGGGAUCCCAAGGUCCCUGGACUCACCUAGCUGCAAGAACCACUGAUGACCAAGAGAAGUUUUACAAAGAAAUUUCUUGUGGGUCACUCUUCCAACCUUAGCUCCAGGGGCAGAUGUUCCCAGGCCCAACAGAUGUAAUAAACCCUCAAAAACUAUCUAUUUCUGAGGACCCUGAGUAGUCUUGAAGCCCUAUUGUAGCACCUCUCCUUAUGUAAUUAUGUUUCAUCAAAGCUACUUCCUUGCCUGCUCCUUAGCAACACUUCCUUGAAGUUGCCUGGGAUGUAAAAAA